AUGGGCAUAACCUCAUUCCAUCUAGUGUACGGAGGAGAAGCAGUUGUAACCAUCGAAGUCGGUGUUGAAUUUGACCGGAUACAAUUGUAUGACAAGGAAAAUGUCGAUCAACGUCUUAUGGAGCUGGACCUAGUGGAGGAAAUUGGAGACAUGGUCGCUGCUCAGCUAAUGGUGUAUCGGCAAAGAAUGAAGCAGAGCUAUAAUCAAACUGUUAUUCCAAGAUCUUUCCAAUUGAGUGACUUAGUGUGGAAAAAAGUUAAGCCAGUCAGAGACGUUAGCAAGUUGGAACCACCCUGGAGUGGCCCAUACAAAGUGAUGCAGUAG